AUGGCGGGAGCAACGAGCCUGAACCUGUGGGGCGUACUCUCGGAAUCGAAACGCAUAGUCAACGCCCACUCCCGCCACUUCCUGGCCCUCUCCGUCAUCUUCCUCCUCCCUCUCUCCUUCUCCAUCAUCGUCUCCCCCUUCCUCUUCCCUCUCUUAUACCCUCACCAUACCCAAACCCUCCAACUACAAUCCAAAACCCUCACCCUAACACCAUUCUCCAUCCCCCUCCUCCUCUUCCUCCUCCCCCUCCCCCUCUUCUCCCUCUGUGCCCUGGCAUCCAUCACCCACAGCGUCUUCCACGGCUUCUUCGGCCGCCCCGUCAAACUCCCCUCCGCCCUCCUCUCCAUCCCCGCCUCCCUCCCCCGCCUCCUCGCCACCACCUUCCUCUCCCACCUCAUCCUCUUCUCCCUCUCCCUUCCCCUCCCCCUCCUCCUCCGCCGCCUCUCCCUUUCCUCCCCUGUCUUCCUCGCCGUCUCAACCCUCUUCCUCCUUGCCCUCCUCUUCUCCCUACUCUACCUCCGCGUCUGCUGGUCCCUCGCCCCUGUCAUCGUUGUCGUGGAGUCCACCUGGGGCCUCCAGCCCCUUCGCCGAAGCGCCUCUCUCAUCAACGGGAUGACCCCUGUAGCCGCCUCUUCCUUCCUCUUCUUCGCCUCCCUUCAGGCCUUCCUCCUCUGGACCGCCCUACUUGUGGACUCCGAUGGCUGGGCCUGGAAUGACUGGGCCUUCGUCACCCAGAUCGUCCUUACCUCCACUCUCCUCAUGAUCCUCAUGCUCUACAGCGCCGCUGCCGACACCGUCCUCUACAUGUACUGCAAGGCCGUUCACGGCGAGCUCGCCGUGGACAUCGCCCAGGAGUUCGCCUGGCAGUACGUUUGCUUGCCCUUCGAUGACGGCAAGGUUCCUCACGUUGUUUCGGUUGUUCAUGUGUAA